AUGCGCUCAGGUGGUCACGCGCGCUUCAACCUCGGCGAAGACGAAGACCACCACAGUGGCAGCGAGAGCGAUCAUCCUCCUCCGGGCAUGAACGCACCUCAGAUCAUCGUUGAGGCUGUAGGAGACGAGGGGGGACGACCCGGUGUGGAUCGGACGAAUGGAGAAGAUCGGUCGGAGCAAACCAGUGGGGGGACGAUGCAUGACGCACAGAAUGGGGAGGGGAAUGAUGAAAAGUACCCACCGGCCAAAGAUGAGGCGGAUGCGGCGCAAGGGACUGGGGCAGAGGCAGCAACGAAGGUGGGGUCUAAAUCCCGUCUCCGAGGGCACUAGUUCGGCUGGUUAGGAGCACUCCUGAUGACCGACGGUCUCUUUCCACGUUUUCUUAAGCAGGAGAAGAAACCACAACACACGCUCCUCCACGUUGUGCAGGAAGCGAUCGAUCCUUACAUCGGCUGGGCCAAACCCAAGAUGAAUUGGAAGUCGUGGAGACCGGUCCUACGCGCCUCGAUUGCGAGUUGGGCAGGACUCACUUUGAUCCUUGCGACUCGGUCACAGGUCAUGCUUGGGCAAGGUCAGUUUCCGAGCCGAGUAGCAGGUACGAACGUGGGAACGUGGGAGCGUGGAACUGAUGCAUUUUUGCGACCAUAACACCCAUUUCUCAGCGGGUUUUCUCGUCCUCAUCGUCUCGGUCAUCUCCCCCGCCGCCUAUCCGAUAGCGACAAUGCUCGAGUUGACCUUUUUCCAAUUCGCCAUCGUAUCCACAUCCUGGGCAUACUCGGCCUUCGGGCUCUACAUCGCCCAUAUUUCGCGACGCAAGUACCGUUACUCGCAAGCGCAGUUCCAAGUCGCGGUCGGACAGCAAUUUGCUGCCCAAGGCGUUGCGGGCUACGAUAUCUCGAAUCGUGCACUGCUCGAGAUCUUUCAUGGGAGAUACCUUGAGCCGACGAGCUCAGCGGUUUGUGGAAUCUUCCUUGGCGUUGGGGUGGGUUUCCUGUUGUGGUUGCGACAGCGCCUCGGGCCUGGGCCGGCCUUGUUCGGGAUCAUUUUCGGCAUCAUCCUCAUGAUCAUUUGCUUCACUAUCGCGGUGCUGUUUCCUUAUUACUAUGCCUCUGUGGGACUCGUGUAAGUUAUGGGGCUCUCUUGUGACGGCGUUCACACAGCUACUGAUUCACAUCUUGUGCAACGGUAGAUUCUUCCUGCCCUUCACCUGCCAAGAAGCGAUCCAACUCGCGGCCAGCUUCCUCAUCCUCCCCGAAACAUUAGGCCACCAAUUCGCCGAUCGACUCGUCACCACUUUAACACCCCUACAAGGCGUGAUCGAGACGCAAAAGGACAUGCUCGCUACGGACCCGAGAUCCCUCGACUGGCUCAAGUUCAAAACGAUCAAAUCGGGCGUGCAGGGGGCGAUGGAAGCUUUGGCGUUGCUCGGUGCGAGUGAGGCGAAUUUGACGAGGGAGGUCUCGUAUGGGAGAGUCAGUGGGAAGGAUCUGAUCAAGUUGUUGAAGGGGGUGCGGAUACUGGUUGCGAGGUCGAGUAAGUCGACGAGGAUCGAUUUCAAUUCCUUCAAUAAGCACGAGCUGACAGAGUUCCGUCGAUGUUGCAGCCGGUUUCAUCUCGUUCUACGAGAUUGUGGAGAAGCAUCUCCAUCGUGAUUUGUCGCAAGCGAAGGGUGGGGCUAUCGCAGACGAACUCGUCAUUCAUCUGGGACAUUCUCGGCCCGCCACUCCCUCGCCUUCUCGACCGGCCUCACCCAAGCCUGGGGAAGCGCAAGAGCAGAACCAACAUCGUGAAAUCGAGACCUCGGCGGACCCACAUCAGCUCUCGCGUGCACUUGCCAAAGCCACGAACGAGACAGAUUCUCAGCGGGUAUCAGCGUAUCGCUCCCAUUCGCACCCCGCGUUCACGACCUCGAGUCGAAACUCGUCUUGCGCCUCCAUCGGAGACUUGCACGAGGGCCUCGUCGACAAUCAUCAGAGCCACUCUCGCCCGUCGAGUAGUAAGCGACGGUCCAAGUCGAGAACCCGGCUCCACGCGCAACACCACAAGAACAAGAGCUCGGCGUCGCUGUUGCACGAAAUCUUGCACCCCAACGUCGAGAUACCACGACCUGUCGGCAUGUUUGAAUCGCAGAGAUACAUGGAUUUGGAGGACUACCUACACAAUCCGCGCGAUGAGGAACACCUGCGCGAGAUCAUGGAGUUGUUGGCGGUGGCUUCGACUGAUUUGCUCGAUGCUUUGAAGGACUUGGUCAGCGUCUUGAUCGAGACGAUUCACGCCUUCAAGAUGGCGAGCCAUAUCGCUUGGCGACUUCUCAAGGACCUCGGGAUCAGAAAAAGCGAUCAAAAGACGCAGGAGCAAUUGAUGGAAGAAUUAGGCGCGUGCAUUGAACGCGUCGAAAUGGCGCACAGCCACUAUCGGGAUGUGCGGAGGCUCGACGUCAUUCGACCCUUUGCGGGCUUGUUCGACCCCAUCUCGCAUCUCGGUCCGGAUGGGACGAUCGCGGACGAUACCUUUCAAGCGCCGAGUCAUCGAGGUUUGUUCUGGGCCCUGUCGUACCAGUUCUCGCUCAUCUCGUGGGGCGAGGCAUUGCUCGACCUCAGUAAGGAAUGUCAUACGAUCGGCAAGAAGCGACAGACUGUUCGUUUGUGGACCCCCGAGUGGGCCAAGUUCCACUUUGCGACGAGUCAUCCCGAAGCAACUUUCGAAGAGGAAUCACCAGACUCGAUCGAACUCAUCAAUCGCUCCGUGUUCCGCGCUCCUCGUGAUCCCGACCAUCGUCCUCCGCGUACGGCGCUGGCCCUCUUCGGCGUCAAGUUCAAUCACUUCCUCCACUUUUUCGUCCGCAAGGAGUUCCUCUUCGCCGUCAAGCUUGCGAUUGUGAUUGGGGUGUGCGCCAUGCCGGCUUUCUUUCGCACGUCGUGUUACUUUUUCUACCGCGAGCGAGGAAUUUGGCCCUUGGUCAUGAUCGCUCUCACCUCGACGCUCUACAUCGGUGAUACGACAUUCGGUUUCAUCAUUCGACUCGUCGGCACCGUUGCCGGUGCCAUCUUUGGCUUGCUGCUCUGGUCCAUCGCGGCGCAGACCGGUGGGGGUAAUCCUUUCGCUGCCGGUGCGGUCAUGGCCGUCGCGAUGCCUUUGAUCUUCUUCUUCCGCCUGUACUACACCCCCGUACCGACGGCCAUCAUCCCGACCGUGACGACGAUGCUCGUGUUCGGCUACUCGUGGCAAGGAGCGCACCACCCCUCCGGGUCAUCGGUAGGGAGCGGCUGGCCCGUCACUUGGCGUCGAAUGGUGUGCGUCGCAUUAGGAGUCGUCAUCGCUUUCUUGGUCGCGUUCAUCCCUCCCAAAGUGACGCAGAAGAAAGCGAUCCGUAAGACGUACGCCAACGUCAUCAAUUCGAUGGGCGGGGUGUUUUGUCAGAUCGUCUCCUUCGCAGCAUGCAAAGAAGACGGUUCUGGAGCUCGUCCGACCAUCAUCCUCAAGAACUUGGCUGCGCUGCGCACCAAAAUCAGCAAAACGACGGCUUCGAAAAUGAUGGUUCGAUUCGAAUGGUCCUGGGCCGGUCAAUGGCCCGAACAACACUACACCUCUCUUCAAUCGCUGCAAAUGGAGAUGCUCGAUUCGUUCGGUCAAUUACUCUCCGUCCUCGCCUCGCUCGAUAAGAAAUGGACCAAAGCGAUGUUACACCGUUCCCAACUGUCCAACCCCCAAUUCCUAGGUGACAUGUUGACGACCUUUCAACUCAUUUCUUCGGCCCUAAGGGACGGGACGCAAUUACCUAUGAUUUACAAUCCGUUGUUGGAGAGGUUCCUCAAAUCGCCCGAAACGAGGGAAGCGCAUCGUCAGUAUGGGUUCGAGAUCGCGCUCAAUGAGGAAGAUGAAGUCGAGGGGAUCCCCUCGCAUGUGACGUUGGAAACGAUUUGCUCAAUCGAGUAUUUGAGGUUCUCGUGUGGGAUCUCCCAGGUGUAUGCGAUCGUCAAUGUGAGUUUUGAACGUAUUCGUUGUGGGACUCUGAAGAUUUGGAGCAAAUAAAGCCGAGCACUGAUUCACCUCCUCGGCAUCCUCAGCGCCUCGACCGUCUCAUGUUCAUCACCAAAGCCUUGGUAGGUGAACACUACCUCAUGUACGGUCUCGAUUCGCUCAACUAUAAACCACGCCACCCCGAGGGGGACGAGGAGGAGAGGAGGUGGUUAAGGGAGCAUGAUGAUACGCCUUCGGGGAGGUCGAGCUUCGAUGCGGGGGAGAUGGUUUGA